AUGGCUUCCAACCUCUAUCCUCACAGAGGAUUCAUGCUGGAUACAGGCCGAAAAUUCUUCCCUGUCAAAGCUAUUCUUCAUUUGUUGACCUUGCUUCACCAAUACAACUUCAAUGUCUUUCACUGGCAUAUCUAUGAUGCGGAAAGUUUUCCUCUGCUCUGGCCCGGGGGUGAGGGCUUGACGAAUGCAAGUGUCAAGUAUAGUCAGACUCACACAUACUAUACGCCCAGCGAUAUCCAGAACAUCGUAUCUUAUGCUGAGAAUUUGGGAAUUAUGGUAUAUCCAGAGACGGACAUGCCUGGUCAUAGUGAUAUAUGGGGAAUAUGGAAAAAGAAUCUGGUAGUAGGCAAGGCAAGCUUGACAAAACCGGACGCACAGCUCGACAUCAGACAGAACAACAAAGCAGUGUAUGAUAAUAUCACCAGCUUGGUAUCAACUGUCGACGGGUAUUUCGGCUCACCUUACCAUCACUUUGGUGGCGAUGAAGUCGCAUACAUGUGGAACACCAAGGACGAUAACAAGUUAUUCAAUACGUUUCUGAACUGGCUCAAGACUCUUACGCCGAAGAAAUCGGUCAUCUUAUGGGACGAUCCUCUCACCGACUCGGAAAAGAGUAUCACUUUGGCAAAGGACUGGAUUAUUCAAACCUGGCACAAAGGCACCACUGCAAAGAUCCUUAAAAAGGGACAUCGGGUCAUUGUUUCCGAGUCUGACACCUUCUACAUCGGAAACGCAGAUGCUGACAAGAUAUCCAAAUUUGUAUUUCCAAAGGACUCCAAGGUCUUGGGAUUCGAAAUCGCAUGGUUUACGUCACAGGAUGAUAGUCCAAGUGACUUGGACCAAGAUUGGAUUCUUGAUCCCUUGAAGGCUGCAUCUAAGAUCCGGAGAAAAUAA